AUGGAGAUGUCUACUGGAAAAAUGUAUCAAGGUGGAAAGGUGGAAGGACCUUCGGGAAAGAUGACUGAGGACUACAAGAGAGACAAAAAGUUGCCUCCGCGAGUGGAGAAGAUGCUGAGAGAGCAAGUGAAUCUAGAUGAGAGUGUGCUACACGAUGCGUUCGCGGUGGCUAUGGAGGACUUGAUUCUCGAUCGGGAAGCCAACUUUGUGGCGAAGGGGUUGUGUCAUUUGUGUGGAGUGAAAGAGAAGCAGUAUGUGCCUGUUGUAAACUUUUGCCCACAUGCAGACGAGAACCACUCGCUGUGUCGGGAACAUCUUCGCAGUGUUUACAGGGUGCGGUUGGAAGCGUUGUUUGUGGGCAGGAAUGGCGCUACACCCAAUCGACGCUUGCUGCGUUGCUUGGUUUGCGCACACGGAUGUCCGUGCACUCUUUGCAGAGCGGAAAAGAAGAGGAAAGUCUACAAGUACAAAUGUUAUCUUCUCGACACGCUGCGUCGUAGUGGACGGGGUUCAGUGAGUGCGAUGAGUGAUGAACGUGCUACUGCUGCCGUUGCUUCAAUCGUGCCCGAGGGGCGUUUAGGACAUGGUGCUGUUGAAAGCAGUAACAAAAGUCGUCAAUACGCACAGUAUCCGCCUACAUCUCCAGCGACAGACCGUCCCCAUGUUCAAAACGACGGACACUCUGCUCGGAGGCCGGAGACAGAAUCAGUGCAUGAUGGACGCCGACUAGUGCAGCCUCUGCAAUCUGAGUACAAGCAUUAUCCGCAAAACAGCCGUAGUGAUUACGGCUACAAUGUCCAGUCUUACAGUGUGCAAAUGUCAAGCACGCAAGCAACCAGUAUGCAUGCUUCCAACCUGCUGCCUCCCAGAAUGCAGACUUCUGGCGUUCAGGCUUUGAGUAUGCAGCCUUCCGGUAUGCAGACACAACAAAUGCAUUCACCUCGGUACCCCGUUACUCGGAAACGAGCAGAAAACGACACUUCUGCCGAUUGUCUCUCUGUAGUUGGUGAUGGUGCAACAGUCGCUGAUCGUCGAGUUGCUGCUCGAGUCGCGUCACCAGGCUUCAUGGAAUUACCAUCAGCGUCGACCAUUUUGAAUUGUUCCGAGUCGGAGAAGUCCCUGGUCCACUUGUUGAGCUCGUUGAAUCAAGGCGGAGCCCCACCAGACUUGGUGGCCUCUGAUGUGAGAAGUCAGUUUAGCAAGGAUAGUACUUACAGCCAGAGUAAAUCAAGCUACGUUCCAAAUGAUAUUGCAGGCAACAAUGGACCGAGUGGAAACGCGACAGGCUUGAAUGAUACUGAAACGGAAGCAACUUCCCUGGUGUACCAUGCACGCGGGAUUGCGGACAGAUGCCGUCAAGCCCGAGAUCAGUUAUAUACUAGCUCCAUGAACUCGGAUGAUAGCCCGCCUCGUAGAUGCUCGAGCUUCGGUGCUAUCACAGGGAGUCAGGUAGUGAGGCGGAAAGCUAAUGAAAGCGACAAUGAGGCCACUCCGGAGCCACGUGACUCACAUAACAUGACGUCACGAGAUGUUUUUCGGGCGCCUCAUUGCAAUGAAAGUGCUGCAAGUGAACAGCGAAAUGGAGGUCAGCGUCAACACCAGCGUAGUUCGAAGCUGAAUGGCCGUGGCAAGGAAAGCGCCCUCCAGACUGGUACAAAUGAAAAUCAAUCAUCACAGACACCGCCACAUCUGCCAUCGCAUCGUGUACCAGGGCGUUCCCGCAAAAAAAUUGAUGAUGCGGUUGCUCCAGCUUUAAUAACUUCGCGAGCAGGAAAGAAGGGGCCACAACAACGUAAAAGAACCGAGCCUCCCAAAAGGGGAAGAGGUCGACCCCCAAAGCGAGAUAAGCGAGGUAAAAGCGACGACGAACAGAUUGCAGUCGAGACAAAUGAAAAGGAAGACAAGGAGAACGAUGAAGAGGGAGGUGGCUCGGAAAGUGAACUGGACGCGAACUUGGACUACUGUGAGGUUUGCCAGGGGGCUGGCGAUCUGGUAUGUUGUGAUAAGUGCCCGCGUUCCUUCCACUUAAAGUGCUUGCACAUGACCGAGACUGAUCUUCCUGAAGGUGAUUGGCAGUGCAACGAGUGUAAGAAACCGUCGCGGUUCGAUGCAUAUGCCGUUGCUGUGGCUUCGGAGAAAAAUUUGUUGGACAAGUGUCUGAAAAUUGUUCAGUGCUUGCAGUCACAUCCAUUUUCAAAGCAGUUCCUCUCUCCCGUGGAAAAUGUUCCGAUGUAUACGCGAGUGGUAAAGCAACCGAUGGAUCUAUCAACGAUUGAGAACAAGUUGAAGAAGGGUGCGUAUAACGUAGAUAGCAACACCGUGGCGGAUGGUGUCAAUGAGUUGGAUUCUACGCUCUUCGCCAACGAUAUUCGACUGAUGUGGUCAAACUGCAAGCUUUUCAAUGACGAUGGAUCGGGCAUCGCACGGGCAGCUGAUAUUUUGUCAGCCGGAUUUGAACGCCUGUACAAAGAAUCCAUUGCUCCAUCAUUGACUACAUAA